AUGGACUGGGGUUCUGUACCAUUUCACACCUGUGAAGGAGGCAGGUUUUUGUACAGCCGUGUGUCACUGUGGUGGGUCUUCGGAGGAGGAACCCACUUGACUGUCACAGGUAAGUCACCAAAUUUAUCCUGAAUCUUUCUGUACCCGAUGCAAUAUUCUAAUAUUUCCAUCAUUUUUUGCCUUCUUUUCAUUCUCUGGUUCUUGAUUGACUUUUGGGCUUUUCGUAUUAUAUCUACGCUGAUUCUUUCAUAGGGACUGUUGAAUUGUUAAAAAACCAGGCAGUGGGUUAAAAAAAAUCCUAUUCGCUGCAUGUAGAAACAAAGAUGGAUCGGUUUAAUCCUACUUCUCGGGUGGUGGGGUGCCUCAAUGAAAUGUCUCUAUAAACUCUGUCAGUCUUUCCCAGUGGGCGGAAAUUAUGUUCGAAAACUGAGUUUGAGUUGUGGCAUUUCCUAUACAACUGGAUUACAUCUGAUGGGAUUCACUGAUUCUGCUAUUAAGAAUCCUGACUGUGAAUGAACAAAAAUAGAGUAAAAUAGAUAGUUUAUAAACUUGCAACAAGCUCUUUUUAAAUAUUCACUGAGAGUUUCCAUCUAGAUUUUACUUUAAUGAUAGAAACUAUGCAAUUGUUUUUCCAAAGUUGAACUGAGUUUUGUGAAUGACACUUCAUCAAAAUGAAAUGGUAGAUCUUAUUCUACUUUUUUUGGGGGGGGGGGUUAUUCUGAGAAAUGCAAUCCAAAAUCCAUAACAAUAGCACUGUUGAAGUCUAUGCAACUGCACUGGCAGAAGUAGACUAUGAAUUUUAGCCUUACGCAGUGACUUUAGCGAGAUUGUAGGAAAAGAACCACUUUAUUGAGUGCAUACAAGUGUAUGCAAAACCAAAAUAUUAGACUCUGGGAUGCCAUAAAUUUUAAAGACACCCAAUUGUUCAAAUUGUCAUGUCACCCUCUAAGACAUCUAGAUGAAAUCAGUCUUGAAGAUGGAAAUCAGGAGCCUAUUAUAACUAUAAGAGAAUACAGGUGCCUGGUUGCCACCAUCAAAGCCAGUUUCACAGAUGUAUUAGUUUUUUCACAUGUUGACUUGAAUCCGCAUGAUCUAAGUGUUGGAUCUCAGAGCUAAUUCCUCUGGGGCAUGCUAUUUUAAAGAUCUGAUAUUCUAAAGUAGGCUGGGUAUAGAAGGCAUUGGAGUUCAAGCAUCCUUUCUGAGAAAGGUUCGCUGGAACUAUUUUUGAGCUUCCACAAUGUCACCACAUUGAAUUAUUUUCAAAGAGGCUUCUCCAAGAGAAACUCUUCUUAGAUUGCACCCAGAAUUGUCCAUCAGUUCAUUGCAAGGAUGGGACAACCUGUGACUCCUCCAGAUUUUUCUGGGCUGCAGCUCGCAAUAACCCUGGCCAUUAGCCGUGCUGGCCAAAACUACGGAGAGUUGAGUCCAACGACUCAAAACAGGUUCCCCCUGUUUUGAUAGACUCAGUUUUUUUUAGGGAGAAUGUCUUCUUCCAGAAUAUAUUAGUGAUUCCAUGGCAGGAGUAAGUGGCAGAAUCCAACCAUUCCAAUGCAUUUACUGGAAUCGAGUCAACAUAUAUAUAUAUAUAUAUAUAUAUAUAUAUAUAUAUAUAUAUAUAUACACACACAUCUGUUUGGGAAAACCCUGCUAUAACGUAUAGUAUUCUCUUACAAUUCUGUGUGAUACCAAAGCUAAUUCCUCUAGGACAUCCUAUUUUAAAGAUCUGAUCUUCUAAGAAGGGCUGAGAAUGUGGUCCGUGGCGAUGAGAUUAUGAUAACAGAUUACUAAUUCUCAAGAGCUCAGCCCAUCAUCCCCAAUUGUCCCUAGUUACCAGUGAUAGGUAUGGUUUUCUGAUGUCUGUUCCUGGUCAAUGUUUCCUGCAUUUGUCCACAUAAUAACUUUGGGAGAUGCCUUAUUGAGCAGCUGGAUGUGAAACCCGUGGCCCUCCAAACAUUGUUGAGCUCCAGCUCCUAUCAGCUGCAAAUGCUUAGAGAUUAUGGGAGUCAUAGCCCAACCACAUCUGAAUAACCAGAGCUUUCACAUCCCAGUAUGAGAGUAUUCAGUGUUCAAUGAUUCAGCUUCCUCCGCUGUAGAAGUUAGAUUUAGGGAUGGAUGUAUCUUGUGCCCAUAUAAGUACAUUGGUCUUGGUUUAUAGAAGUACAACAAAGUUGGCCAGGGGGGGUGGUAAAAGUGAGAAAAAUAUGAGGAAAAACUUGAAGAAACUGUGUCUGUUUAGCUGGGACAAGAAAAAGCUGAGCUGGGGUAUAAAGAACAAUAUCUGAAAGGCUAUCACCCAGAAGAGGACAACAGCCUGUUCUCUGGUGCCCCAAAGGGCAGAUCCAAUUAAGUUUGCAGAAAGAUAAGCUUCUAGUUGGUGAGAGAAGUUUAGCAACACCAACCAGUUAGGUAGAGGGUUUCUGAUUUGUUGACCAUCAUAAAGGGGAUGAUGAUGUAAUUACCUAUAAAGAUGGUGGGUCUUCAAGUGUAGGCUGGACAGAGUUCUGCUGAGAUCACUCUAGCUCUGGAUCUCCUGCAGCAAGCAGGAUGUUGGACUAGGUAACCUGCAGGAGCCCUUCCAUAAUUCCCCAUUCUCUAUGGCUCUCCAACUCUAUGAUUCUAUAGACUUACACUCCAUGCAGUGCUCAGCUUGCUGCAUUAACCCAUUAAGCAACUAUGGAAGCAUAUAUUGAAUCACCCACUGACUAGGGUCAAUAGGGUGCUACCCCAUCAACCUCAAUGUGCCCUCAGCCAGCGCUCACAUGACUGCUUUCUUACUUGCAACCACUACAGGGGUGGCCCUGGCUGUCAGCUUUUCCUCCUUAGUCUCAGUGUUGCCCUUCUAGUACUCAGCAGGGAAGAGGAUGGGGACAAAAUUAGAAUGAGUUGGCUUCGCCUGUCACUGGUUCCAGCUCCACCUAACAUUGGUCUCUCUUGCUUUCUGCUGCACCAAUCCCAAUGGGCAUCACUGUAAUGAAGGCAGAUUCUCAGCAUAUAUCUAAGCAGAAGAGUAUAUUUAAGCAACCCUUCUACAAAUUAAAUGAAUCCAGCAGGCAGAUUGUCCAGCAAUGUGCAAUGGUGAGGAACAAGGGGAAUGGCUUGGCCAGCAAUCCUUAAGGUGGGAAUGGGGUGUUCCAAUGAGUGUCUGCCAAUUCUUAUUUCUGAGCUGCUGAGGGUAAGUUAGACUCAGUGUCAUAUAUCAGUCCAAAAGGAAGAACAGGGUGCCUCUGAAACACACUCAGAGUGUCCUGCUCUGAUUACAGCACAACCAGGACCUACACUCUGAGGACUGGGAGACAGCCUUCCCAAACUAGAAGACAUGACUUCCAGAGGCGUUUGUUUUUUAAACAAGGAAAUAGGAUCCGAUUGCAAUUCCUUUAUGAAAUCAAAUAAAUUACGCAAUCCCAUAUGUCUCUAUUAUAUAAUAUUCCCCUGAGACACGACACUUAAACAGAUUUCCCUUGACUUCCAGGUCAGCCGACAGUACCUCCAACAGUGAACGUCUUCCCACCAUCCCCAGAAGAACUGAAGAGCUCAGACAGCGCCACCCUGGUGUGUCUCAUGGAUGGCUUUUACCCAGGCGUUGUCCAAGUUACCUGGCAGGCUGAUGGCACCCCCAUCUCCUCUGGGGUGGAGACAACCACGCCCACCAAGCUGAAUGACAAGUACGCGGCCAGCAGCUACCUCAGCAUGAAAAAGUCCGACUGGGAGAGGAAGGAGGAAGUCACCUGCAAAGUGACGCAUGAAGGAAAGACCGUUGAGAAGGUGGUGAGGAGAUCGGACUGUGCCUAAAGGCUGCAUGGAUCUGAUGAGUUUCUCGUGCCUCCAGCAGCUGAGAAGAAAGAGUCCUUUCAUGUUCAAGGGGGCCAAGUUUAUUCUCUGAUUUCCUCUAAUGCUACGUUGAUCCAUCAAGUCUGGUUUCCUUCCUAUGUCGUUCCCCUCCCCACACCCUCUCCCUUCCUCUUCUCCCUGGAAUCUCCUUUGUGCGUUGGCUUAUAAUGUUUGCAAAUUAAUAAAAUGUCAUACAUUUCACCAGUGUGAUUUCUUUACCCACUCAUUUAUUCCAUCGCCUUCAAACAGGUUGUAUGCAUGGUUUCCUGUCAUAUUACAGAAGGAAGUGUGCUGUUACUCAGCCAAAAUGCACUCAGCUCAGGUCUGUGGCUGAUAGGAGCAGUGGUAAAAGCAGUGUGAUUUCAUGGAAGCGUAGGAAUUGGCCUUCUCCCAAGUCAGCCCAGUGGUCCAUCUAGGUGGGCAUUUUCUACACUGGUGGGAUGUGGCUUUCCUGGAGAUCAGGCAGAGUUUUCUAUAUGAGGUGCUUUUUUCUGGGGGGGAUGCAGGGGUACGCAUACCCCUAAACAUUUUGUGAAUCUAAUGGGAAAAGAAAAAAUUUAGUUUCUUCUCUAGAACGGUGAAUCGUCCGUUCUGUUGGCAGCCUUUUGUCCAUUUACUGGGUCUAUUUUUCCCAAUUUGAACUAUAAAAUGCUGAUUUUCUUGAGUCAAAAUGAGAGUACCCCUAAACAUUCUUUUAAGGAAGAAAAAGCACUGUCUAUAUGUGACCUGUGAUCCUUUCCAAUGGGCAGUGCUUUAUCUAAACAGGUUCCAGUGCUGGAGGAGCAGAGCUACAUAAUGGCUCAGCAACCUUUUUAGUAUUAUUAAUGUGAUCAAUUGACCCUUUUAAUUGCUUUUUAAAAAAUGAAUUAGCUUCCUUUGCCCAGUGGAAGUUGACUGCCGCUCUCACUUUUUCUGGUUGCCGUUCCACUCCAUGAUUCAUUUCAGGUGGUCUUUCAAACAUUCCCAAACAUUGCCACUGGCCUGCCAUCUUCCUCAAGCCACAAUAUGGAGAGUGGUCCAUUUGGGUCCAUAGGUACAAAUGGAGUCCUGGUCCACCAACCUCAGUGUCCUCAGGAAGACCCAGCCUGCCUGCCUUCUGUACAACCAUUCAACAGAUGGCUCUGCCUCUACUUGGCUCUAGCCCUACUUUCCACCCAAUCAGUUUCACUGCUCUGAUUGCUUUUGGAAGGCAAUAUGAAGAGCCGAUAGCCUCCAGUGAAUGAAAGUCAUAGGUUUCCCUGAAGAAUAGGAUAAAUUCUUUUUAAAACUGCAUUAUGUCUAACCGCUUCUGAAGGACAUGUGGAAUGAUCGGUAUCAGAACAGUAUACCUGAAGGAGCGUCUCCACCCCCAUCGUUAAGCCCAGACACUGAGGUCCAGCUCCAAAUGCCUUCUGGUGGUUGCCUGCCUGCAAGAAGUGAGGUUACAGGGAACCAGGCAGAGGGCCUUCUCAGUAGUGGCACCUGCCCUGUGGAACACCCUCCCAUCAGAUGUCAAGGAAAUAAACAACUAUCUGACUUUUAGAAGACAUCUGAAGGCAGCCCUCUUUAGGGAAGUUUUUAAUGUCUGAUGUUUUAUCGCUUUUAUUAUUAUUAAUAUUCUGUUGGGAGCCACCCAGAAUGGAAAACACAGCCAGAUGGGUGAUGUAUAAAUAAAUUAUUAUUAUUAUUAUUAUUAUUAUUAUUAUUAUUAUUACAAUGACAUACUGAAAAAAGUGACCUGCUUACUGUGCUAAUGUAAAUCCUGGCCAAUAAUAAUAAUAAUAAUUCCCGGACAACACUUUCUUACUUCCACUUUCCCCAUUUUUAGAAUGAAAGGUAACUCCUGAACAAAGAUAUGAAAACCUACAAGAAGAAAAGUGGAAAAAUUGAGGAAACUCAUUUCCCCAGAAAUAUUUCCAAGUUGUUCUUUCCUCCUAUUUAUUGCCCCCAAAAUUGAAAGGAGAACCACAAAAAUUGGUAGGGGGACAAUUUUUUCCAUAUUUUUUCCCAGGUCUUCACAUCUCUAGUGCUUCUGAUGUAAAUGUCCACCUCAUCUGUUAUCCUGUUUCCCACAGCUGGUAGUCGGGUGGCCUUCAGGGACAGCCAGGUAUGCUUCCAGGAAGCCCACAAGAAGGCAACUCUGAGGAACUCUACAUUAGUUGCUAGCAGUGGGCACUUCUACAUGUAAAUGAGAAGACAAAUCUUUUCUCCCUCAUCAGCCUUCUCCCUCCCCUGUUUUUCUCACAUCCACACUGCUCCAUGACAAAACCCUUCCACCCCAAAAGAGAUAACCAUCCGCUUCAUUUUGAUACAUCAAAAUAAGAGAGGGUCUCCAACUUUAAUUUCUGAGUGUCGGCUUAAAAUAUCAGCCUACUGUUGACAUCCACAGGAGACUACAGAACCCAUGAUACAGUGCAACUGUGAUCAAAAUACACCCCCACAGAAACAUCCCAGGCCUGUGUAAGGCAGGGAAUGGAAGCCAGAACCACCACAGCAGAGGCAAAUAACAAAGCAUAGGUUCCAGCGUUUCUCUAAUCAAAACAGGGACAUCCUAUUCCACAAGAGUAAUUUUACUAUUAAUAUCCUUCCCAUCUGACUGGGUUGCCCCAGCUACUCAAGGCAGCUUCCAACAUAUAUAAAAGCAUAAUAAAACAUUGAAGAUUUUUAAAGAAAACCUUCCCUAUACAAGGCUGCCAUAAGAUGGAACCGCGGGUUGGAUAACUCAAUUCCCUUCAACAUUUCUCUGAUGAAAAUAGGGAUGUCCUAAGGAAAAGGGGCCUCUUUAUGGAUCACUGCCUUGUCAUGGCAAAGGGGCUUGAAUAACUCAGUGUAGCUAUGAGUUAUGGUGUGCAAGGCCACCCAAGAUGGACAGGUCUUAGCUGAGAAUUUAGACUAAAUAUGAUCCACCUGGAGAAGGAACUGGCAAUCCACUCCAGUAUUUUGCCAAGGAAACUCCAUGGACAUAAAAAGGAGUAGCUUUGAGAAGAAAGUGAGAGUUUCCAAGGCAUGCCCUGGUUCAUGGGAUCAUGGAGAGUCAAACACAAUUAAGAUGACUAAACAACAACAACAAAAGGAAAAGGGAGACAUUCUGGGAUCAAAGCAGAAACCGGAGUGGCUUCUGUAAAUCCAGGGCUGAUCCCUGGAGAGACUGACAACGUUAUUUUUAAGGUAUUUUAAAUGGUUUCUCAAAGGGUUAAGAUGUCAUACUAGCUGCUCAUUACAGGUAAGUUCCUAUGUAUUGUCAAAGAAACGGUUCAAUGCCUUGAGUUAAUUUAUAAGAAACUUUUGCAGCAUAGAUAAAACUUCACUGUCUGUGUGAUCUCUUCUAAGAAACAAUUUCUUCAUUAACUGGAUGUGUUACUGUUUCCCAGAAAGGUAAGGUUGCCUGACUAAUUCAUUCUUUGGGAAUUCUGAUGCAAACUGAUAUGAUCAUUGGCCCCAUGGACUAAGGUGCAAAUUAGUCAUCUUUGGAUUUUGUGUUUCUCCAAAUUUUGUGAUACAGUUCUUAGCUUAAAAAAAUCAAGGAUCUGCAUCUUAGCAUCAAAUCUGUUUUCAGAAAUGCAUGAUUUGAGAGAAAUAUGUAUAUUGGGAAAAUACGUUCAAAAUUAACCAUGUUUGUGGCAAAUUCAAUAACAAUAGCAAUUGUAGAUUAAUGUGGGAAGGGGACCAAAGGGACUUACAAAUGGAAAUGGAUUUAUGAAUGAAUAUGGAUCUAUGAAUGGACAUGGACAGGAAAUAAACUGACCCAUUCAUCCCUACCACUGGAAAAUUGGUUGGAUAAAGGACUUCAUCUAACAUACUCCCUGCAUCCAAGAACAGACUGUCUGGGCAAUGGAAGAUCUACAACCAGGAAGAUUUACAAAGAGUCACGUACCGGUAUUUUAAAAAUAACUGUCAUGGUUUGAUAACAGGACCUUAUCAUUGUCACCCCAGAGAUAGGUUGGUUUUGUUUUGUUUGUUCAAAAAAGAAAUGCACCAUUGCCUACAACUUCUUUGGAAAUAGUACAAUAUUCUUUUAGAAAAUGCAUACCAUUGUUUAUUGCCCCCUGUCAUGUCCUGUGGCGAGAAUGGGGAAACAUUUUGGCCCUCUGGACAUGACUGGACUCCCAGCUCCUGCCAAUACAAGUCAGCAUGGUCAAUGGUCAAUGAUGAUGGAAGUCAUAGUCAAGCAAGAUUUGGGGGGGGGGUCCCAGGUCUGCCUACUCCUCCCAGAUGGACUGGGGUUCUGUACCAUUUCACACCUGUGAAGGAGGCAGGUUUUUGUACAGCCGUGUGUCACUGUGGUGGGUCUUCGGAGGAGGAACCCACUUGACUGUCACAGGUAAGUCACCAAAUUUAUCCUGAAUCUUUCUGUACCCGAUGCAAUAUUCUAAUAUUUCCAUCAUUUUUUGCCUUCUUUUCAUUCUCUGGUUCUUGAUUGACUUUUGGGCUUUUCGUAUUAUAUCUACGCUGAUUCUUUCAUAGGGACUGUUGAAUUGUUAAAAACCAGGCAGUGGGUUAAAAAAAAUCCUAUUCGCUGCAUGUAGAAACAAAGAUGGAUCGGUUUAAUCCUACUUCUCGGGUGGUGGGGUGCCUCAAUGAAAUGUCUCUAUAAACUCUGUCAGUCUUUCCCAGUGGGCGGAAAUUAUGUUCGAAAACUGAGUUUGAGUUGUGGCAUUUCCUAUACAACUGGAUUACAUCUGAUGGGAUUCACUGAUUCUGCUAUUAAGAAUCCUGACUGUGAAUGAACAAAAAUAGAGUAAAAUAGAUAGUUUAUAAACUUGCAACAAGCUCUUUUUAAAUAUUCACUGAGAGUUUCCAUCUAGAUUUUACUUUAAUGAUAGAAACUAUGCAAUUGUUUUUCCAAAGUUGAACUGAGUUUUGUGAAUGACACUUCAUCAAAAUGAAAUGGUAGAUCUUAUUCUACUUUUUUUGGGGGGGUUAUUCUGAGAAAUGCAAUCCAAAAUCCAUAACAAUAGCACUGUUGAAGUCUAUGCAACUGCACUGGCAGAAGUAGACUAUGAAUUUUAGCCUUACGCAGUGACUUUAGCGAGACUGUAGGAAAAGAACCACUUUAUUGAGUGCAUACAAGUGUAUGCAAAACCAAAAUAUUAGACUCUGGGAUGCCAUAAAUUUUAAAGACACCCAAUUGUUCAAAUUGUCAUGUCACCCUCUAAGACAUCUAGAUGAAAUCAGUCUUGAAGAUGGAAAUCAGGAGCCUAUUAUAACUAUAAGAGAAUACAGGUGCCUGAUUGCCACCAUCAAAGCCAAUUUCACAGAUGUCUUAGUUUUUUCACAUGUUGACUUGAAUCCGCAUGAUCUAAGUGUUGGAUCUCAGAGCUAAUUCCUCUGGGGCAUGCUAUUUUAAAGAUCUGAUAUUCUAAAGUAGGCUGGGUAUAGAAGGCAUUGGAGUUCAAGCAUCCUGUCUGAGAAAGGUUCGCUGGAACUAUUUUUGAGCUUCCACAAUGUCACCACAUUGAAUUAUUUUCAAAGAGGCUUCUCCAAGAGAAACUCUUCUUAGAUUGCACCCAGAAUUGUCCAUCAGUUCAUUGCAAGGAUGGGACAACCUGUGACUCCUCCAGAUUUUUCUGGGCUGCAGCUCGCAAUAACCCUGGCCAUUAGCCGUGCUGGCCAAAACUACGGAGAGUUGAGUCCAACGACUCAAAACAGGUUCCCCCUGUUUUGAUAGACUCAGUUUUUUUAGGGAGAAUGUCUUCUUCCAGAAUAUAUUAGUGAUUCCAUGGCAGGAGUAAGUGGCAGAAUCCAACCAUUCCAAUGCAUUUACUGGAAUCGAGUCAACAUAUAUAUAUAUAUAUAUAUACAUACAUAUAUAUAUAUAUAUACAUCUGUUUGGGAAAACCCUGCUAUAACGUAUAGUAUUCUCUUACAAUUCUGUGUGAUACCAAAGCUAAUUCCUCUAGGACAUCCUAUUUUAAAGAUCUGAUCUUCUAAGAAGGGCUGAGAAUGUGGUCCGUGGCGAUGAGAUUAUGAUAACAGAUUACUAAUUCUCAAGAGCUCAGCCCAUCAUCCCCAAUUGUCCCUAGUUACCAGUGAUAGGUAUGGUUUUCUGAUGUCUGUUCCUGGUCAAUGUUUCCUGCAUUUGUCCACAUAAUAACUUUGGGAGAUGCCUUAUUGAGCAGCUGGAUGUGAAACCCGUGGCCCUCCAAACAUUGUUGAGCUCCAGCUCCUAUCAGCUGCAAAUGCUUAGAGAUUAUGGGAGUCAUAGCCCAACCACAUCUGAAUAACCAGAGCUUUCACAUCCCAGUAUGAGAGUAUUCAGUGUUCAAUGAUUCAGCUUCCUCCGCUGUAGAAGUUAGAUUUAGGGAUGGAUGUAUCUUGUGCCCAUAUAAGUACAUUGGUCUUGGUUUAUAGAAGUACAACAAAGUUGGCCAGGGGGGUGGUAAAAGUGAGAAAAAUAUGAGGAAAAACUUGAAGAAACUGUGUCUGUUUAGCUGGGACAAGAAAAAGCUGAGCUGGGGUAUAAAGAACAAUAUCUGAAAGGCUAUCACCCAGAAGAGGACAACAGCCUGUUCUCUGGUGCCCCAAAGGGCAGAUCCAAUUAAGUUUGCAGAAAGAUAAGCUUCUAGUUGGUGAGAGAAGUUUAGCAACACCAACCAGUUAGGUAGAGGGUUUCUGAUUUGUUGACCAUCAUAAAGGGGAUGAUGAUGUAAUUACCUAUAAAGAUGGUGGGUCUUCAAGUGUAGGCUGGACAGAGUUCUGCUGAGAUCACUCUAGCUCUGGAUCUCCUGCAGCAAGCAGGAUGUUGGACUAGGUAACCUGCAGGAGCCCUUCCAUAAUUCCCCAUUCUCUAUGGCUCUCCAACUCUAUGAUUCUAUAGACUUACACUCCAUGCAGUGCUCAGCUUGCUGCAUUAACCCAUUAAGCAACUAUGGAAGCAUAUAUUGAAUCACCCACUGACUAGGGUCAAUAGGGUGCUACCCCAUCAACCUCAAUGUGCCCUCAGCCAGCGCUCACAUGACUGCUUUCUUACUUGCAACCACUACAGGGGUGGCCCUGGCUGUCAGCUUUUCCUCCUUAGUCUCAGUGUUGCCCUUCUAGUACUCAGCAGGGAAGAGGAUGGGGACAAAAUUAGAAUGAGUUGGCUUCGCCUGUCACUGGUUCCAGCUCCACCUAACAUUGGUCUCUCUUGCUUUCUGCUGCACCAAUCCCAAUGGGCAUCACUGUAAUGAAGGCAGAUUCUCAGCAUAUAUCUAAGCAGAAGAGUAUAUUUAAGCAACCCUUCUACAAAUUAAAUGAAUCCAGCAGGCAGAUUGUCCAGCAAUGUGCAAUGGUGAGGAACAAGGGGAAUGGCUUGGCCAGCAAUCCUUAAGGUGGGAAUGGGGUGUUCCAAUGAGUGUCUGCCAAUUCUUAUUUCUGAGCUGCUGAGGGUAAGUUAGACUCAGUGUCAUAUAUCAGUCCAAAAGGAAGAACAGGGUGCCUCUGAAACACACUCAGAGUGUCCUGCUCUGAUUACAGCACAACCAGGACCUACACUCUGAGGACUGGGAGACAGCCUUCCCAAACUAGAAGACAUGACUUCCAGAGGCGUUUGUUUUUUAAACAAGGAAAUAGGAUCCGAUUGCAAUUCCUUUAUGAAAUCAAACAAAUUACGCAAUCCCAUAUGUCUCUAUUAUAUAAUAUUCCCCUGAGACACGACACUUAACCAGAUUUCCCCUUGACUUCCAGGUCAGCCAACAGUACCUCCAACAGUGAACGUCUUCCCACCAUCCCCAGAAGAAUUGAAGAGCUCAGACAGCGCCACCUUGGUGUGUCUUAUGGAUGGCUUUUACCCAGGCGUUGUCCAAGUUACCUGGCAGGCUGAUGGCACCCCCAUCUCCUCUGGGGUGGAGACAACCACGCCCACCAAGCUGAAUGACAAGUACGCGGCCAGCAGCUACCUCAGCAUGAGAAAGUCCGACUGGGAGAAGAAGGAGGAAGUCACCUGCAAAGUGACGCAUGAAGGAAAGACCGUUGAGAAGGUGGUGAGGAGAUCGGACUGUGCCUAA